CAGGAGAGCUGGUUGCUGUGAAGGUCUUUAAUAAUGCCAGCUACCUCAGGCCACAGGAGGUUCAGAUGAGAGAGUUUGAGAUGCUGAGGAAGUUGAACCAUAAGAACAUUGUCAAAUUAUUUGCCGUGGAGGAGACGGGAACCAGCAAGCAGAAGGUGCUGGUGAUGGAGUACUGCUCGAGUGGGAGCUUGCUGAAUGUGCUGGAAGAUCCAGCCAACGCCUUCGGCUUGUCUGAGUCCGAGUUUCUCAUAGUGCUGCAGUGCGUUGUGGCAGGUAUGAACCACCUCCGUGAGAACGGCAUCGUCCACAGAGACAUCAAGCCCGGGAACAUUAUGCGGCUGAUGGGAGAAGAUGGGCAGAGCAUCUAUAAGUUGACAGAUUUUGGGGCUGCCCGAGAGCUGGAUGAUGAUGAAAAGUUUGUAUCUGUCUAUGGGACAGAGGAAUAUCUUCACCCAGAUAUGUACGAGAGAGCAGUUCUGCGGAAACCUCAGCAGAAGGCUUAUGGUGUGACUGUGGAUCUGUGGAGCAUUGGGGUGACCUUCUACCACGCUGCCACUGGCAGCCUCCCCUUCAUCCCCUUUGGUGGACCUCGCAGGAACAAAGAAAUCAUGUAUAAAAUUACCACCGAGAAACCUCCUGGAGCCAUCGCAGGGGUCCAGAAGCAGGAGAACGGGACCAUCGAGUGGAGUUACGAGCUGCCUGCCACGUGCCGACUCUCUGCGGGCCUGAAGGGCCAGCUUAUACCAAUUUUGGCUAAUAUUCUGGAGGCAGAUCAGGAGAAAUGCUGGGGAUUCGACCAGUUUUUUGCAGAAACCAGUGACAUUUUGCACAGGAUCGUGGUUGAUGUCUUCUCCCUGCAGCAGGCUUCCUCACAUCGCAUUUACAUCCACUCCCACAACACUACCACCAAAUUCUUAGAUGCUGUCUUCAAACAAACAAAUAUAGCCCCUCACCAUCAAGAAUAUUUUUUUGAAGGCCAUCUAUAUGAACUGGAUCCUAACCUACAAGCUCAUAAUUUCUGCAAGACCACGGAGAAUAACCCUCUGACCUUGCUGAGCGCUGAGCCAGAAGACCUGGUAGGAGUGAGAUACAGAGAUCGUGAUCCCCGGUCCCGGGGGGGCUUGCUUGUGCCCAGCACCCUCAGAAAUAGCGAGGGAGAGCCUCCGGCACUGAGGGCGCCUUUGGGCCCAAAUUCCUUCGAGCGCAAGAGCCGGCUCGGUGGUUUGCCUGAGCAGAGCGCCGUGGGCACUGCGCACCAGACGCUGUGGAUAGCCCGGUCGCUGCUGCGCUGCCAGGAGCUCAUGCUGAGGGGGCUUCACUGGGUCGCUGGCAACCUGAAAACUGAGUGCUUGAGGAUUUUGGAGCAGAGAAGAGGCGCCGUUUCGUUGCUCACCUGCUUGCAGCUUACUGAGGUGAAGACCUGUGUGCUGUACGAGACUGUUUCUGGAGAGGGUGGGACGCUGGCGCUGAGGGAGCUGAACGAGGUGAAGACAAGGCUGCAGGCGGUGGUGGAGGAUCUCUCGCAGUGUUCCCACGACAUCUUUGAUUAUCAGGGGACGUUGGAUGGCAUUUUGGCUGAGCUGGUAAAGCACAGGCAGCAAGCACACGAAGAUAAAAGCAUCCGGCAGAUCGAGUACUGUCUGGAGAAGAUGCAGCUCAUACACAAGCAGUUCAAGAAGGCCAGGACGUGUCUGCGGCUGGGCUAUAACGAGGAGCAAAUACACAAGCUGGAUAAGAUGAAUUUAGGACAUUUGGCCAGGAAGGUUCUGCUCAUUUUCCGGGACGACUGUGUACAGAAGUACCAAGAGGUCCUGGCUCUUCAUGGCAGCAGAAUGAGGAAAGUUUGUGAGAUAAAGAAGCAUCUGAAGAGGCUCAGCAACUGCAUCAGUGCCUGCAGCGUGGCGAUGACGGAGUGCCAGGACUGCCUCCAGCACGCUUUGGACAAGUUUCCCCAGACAGUCUCGCCAGAGAAACGGCAUUUGGCCCCGGUCACUUCGCCCACUCAUCUGAACCAGGCACGCCACGAUAUGGCUUUUAGGAUGCAGGAGCUCCUAGAGCAAAUGAAAUCGGUGACGUGCGAUCUCCAGUUCAACAACAGCAUCAUCGAGCAGUUAAGUGAGGCUGCUCCAGCUCCAGGUAUUUGAGAGAAGCAGUGGAUUUGCAGCUACUGAAGCAAGCGGUGUUUUUCACAGGAGGGAACACUUAUGGCACUUUGGGUCGAGAGCAAUGGAGAACUCAACGUUCGUGUUUUGGGAACUCUCCUUCUCCUACCUCUCUGCUCCAGCAUUUUUGCACGGUUCACCAGCAUUAGCUUUGAGUGAUUUGCAAGCCUUGAGCCUGUGAAAAUUUGACCGGAAGGUUGUUGACAUGGCACAGACACUGCACUUGAUGGACAAGAAGCCUGAUCCAGCCCCGGACGGGCUCACUUGGGAGACCUCAGCGUGGGAAAGCGGGCGCCAGCGAAGGCCUACUGCAGUCGGCAGCAUCUCGUGCUUCCGUCGCUCCAUCUCCACCUAAGCCAUGUGCUGGGAUUGCCGAUGGUUGUAGGAAUGGGAAGCCAAGGGAGGUUUCUCUUUUUUGGGGAUAUUUCUAUAAAUGUAACCGAGUUCUGUGUCUGUGCAUGAGUGCAAGCGUGCUCCGAACGAUGAUCUGUCCACCUAACCUGGUGUGUUACUAAAUGCCAAGGCAAAUGCUCAGAAGCAAUGACCCCUGUGAGCUCUGUCUCCAGAAGCACCCCUGCAAGAGAAGGCAGGGAUAUUUUCCUUUUCUUUUGGGUGAAAGAUGAAAAGAAAUCAUAAACAGCCACCUCUGCCAUUAACAUGCAGGGUAAUAAUGCA